AGAGCCACAGCAUAGUGCUCAAGGAGCCGAAAGGUCGCGAAUUGCUAGGCGCGACCUUCUCGCUCAAUGUCUACAUCAACUUGGAGUUCGCACCAUGUUCGGUUUGCACGGUGGUUGCCUUGAUGCCUUUCUGAUGGAAGGCUCAGAUGCGGACAUUGAGCUCAUCGAAACACGACACGAGACUGUUGCUGUACAGGCAGCAGAGGGGUAUCCUAAGGUCAGCGGCAACACAGGCUGCUGCUUCGUGACGGCGAACAGUGGUUACAUGACUGACCUGUUCCCAGUCACGAAUGUCGGUGAGAUCCCACGCAUCACAAGCCUGGCCUGGCGGACCGCCGGCUCCGGAACGCCUGGUCCAGUUCUUGUUGACUUCCCUAUCGACGUAUUGUUCACGCCCAUGGAAAAUGAAUCAAUUGCUUGGGGCAACACAAUACUGCGGGCAGGAUGCGAAGCAUCGAGGAAGGCCAUGGACCCACGCUACCAACUGACAUGGUACUCGCGCCGAAGCGAGUGA